AGUCGCUCACAGCUGUUGCUGGCAGGUUACGCGACCGAUGGUGCUUCCACUUUUUUUUUGGUCGCUGUAACACUUUCAAUUGUACUUAUCGUUUUCAUUUUUUUGGUACUGAAGUAAAUAACAAAAUAACUGCAGCAACAUGCACAAAGUGAUAAGACAAAUGACGCAGUUAAGUCUGCAAACACCACUACUAGCGACCACCACAUCGAUCACCAGCAGCGGCAGUGUGGCCAAAUUGCUGGCUGUUGUGCCAACAACAACGAUCACGCAAACUGGUGACUGCUGCGGCGUGCACACGUCUGCUGCUAGCGGCGGCGGCAGCGGAGGUCUCUGCGCCAAAUGGAACAAACACAACUAUGGACCGCGUCGAUGGCUGGAAUACAACAAAACGGUGCAUCCGCCACAGGAGACAGAGGAAGAGCCACGCAAGGCGUACGUCUGUCAUAUGCGCAGCAAUAUCAAGUACAGCCCGGACAAGAUGUGGUAUAUUGCCGCUUUUGUGCGCGGCAUGAGCGUGGACGAGGCGUUGAAGCAGCUCAAUUUUGUGCUCAAGAAGGGCGCCACAGAUGUGAAGGAAACAAUUCUGGAGGCACAACAAAUGGCCGUUGAGCGGCACAAUGUCGAGUACCGAAGCAAUUUGUGGAUUGCUGAAUCGUUUGUGGGCAAAGGACGUGUCUUCAAAGGAUUGCGUCGCCAUGCGCGCGGUCGAUUUGGUCGCGUCGAGUACAAGCAUUGUCAUUACUUCCUGCGGCUCGAGGAGGGCGAACCACCGCAGCAUUAUUAUGCACCCGAGCCACAGACACCGCAACAGCAGUACGAGCAUUGGCUGCAACAGAUGCGCAGUCGGAAGGUCAUCAAUUCCCUGUAAAUGUCACCACAUUCAAUAACAACAACAACAACACGACCACACCACAAUCACAUCCAAUGCAUUUUGCUGUUAAUAUUUCAAUAAAACGUGAACGCAAUUAUCGUUACAAUAAUAAGAAAA